ACCAAUUCAAAGAAGCCGAAAACUAUUCUGUGGGACCGUAGCUCCUUCACCUAUAUCUCUCUCUCGCGCAGAUUUGGAUUCCACAAUCAAUCUUUGUUUGCCUUUCUCUUCCAAAAUUCAACGUCGCCGAUUCUUCUCUCUCUGUCCAGUUUUACUUCCAGUAGAAGUCGUAUCUUAUGGCUGCCUUCAAAGCAUUUUGGAACAGUCCAGUUGGUCCUAAAACAACUCACUUUUGGGGACCUGUUGCUAACUGGGGAUUUGUUGCAGCUGGGUUGGCUGACAUUAAUAAACCUCCAGAAAUGAUCUCCGGCAACAUGACAGGAGCAAUGUGUAUAUAUUCAGCAUUGUUCAUGAGAUUUGCAUGGAUGGUACAGCCACGCAACUAUCUACUUCUUGCAUGUCAUGCUUCAAAUGAGACUGUUCAGCUCUAUCAACAUACUAGAUGGGCAAGGGCAGAAGGUUAUCUCUCGGGGAAGAAGGAGAAAGAAGCUUCAUCAGAGUGAAUGCAUUGAUUUGAACAGAUUGUGUUUGAACUUUACAAUGUAUGAAUGAUAAUAAUUGAAUUGUUAGAAUUGAUUGUGAUUUACAAGGGCUCGUGGAAAUUGUGAAAGAUUCUGAAUUUGCAGAGUAUUUGUUUUUGUGAGGAUUAAAAGAAGUCAACACAAUUAAAAGCUUGAUGGUUUUUAAA